UUAUUUUUCAAAAUGUUUCAAUUUAUUUCUCUUUUUUACUUUUGUUCAAACCUAAAGCUCACCUCUACAUGUAUUAGACUCUCAUGAUAGAAAACACGGAUUACUUCUUUUACUGCAUCGAACAAAACGUUCAUUUUACUAACACCGCCCGUCUCGAUGAUUCCGGAAAAUGCAUCGAGCGCACCUCCCAUCAGUUUGUUUAGAGAGUAGGCGGAGUUUAUAAAAUCCACUAAUCCUAUUGGACGAGACCGUUUUUAAACUAUCGCUGUCAAAAUAGACGGAGGAGGAAAACAGUGUCUCUUCAGGAAAUGAGAACUCACGAGUUUGACUCUUCCUCUGAGGAUGAGGAUGUGGGAGAGGUGGAUCUGACUCCGCUGCACAUUUCAUGGUUACCUCUGUCCGUGGUCGAGUCCUCGCAGUUCCUGGGAAUCUCUGGACUUCCAGGCUGCAAAUACAAAAACAUCCGCAGAGAUUUGCAGAAAGAUGUUGAAAUCAACCUGAGGUUUGAUCCUUCGGGGAGGCGGCUUCCUUCAGAGGAGCUUCACCACCAGGGGGUGCAGGAUGUGUUUGUGUUCUGCACCAGAGGGGAGCUCAGCAGGUACCGAGUCCCCACCCUGCUGGAGGCCUACAAGCAGCGCGGCCUCGCCGUGCAGCACUGGCCCUUCCCCGACGGCGAGGCGCCGGAGCUGGAGCAGUGCUGCCGGAUCCUGGAGGAGCUGCAGCGCCGCCUGCAGGACGGCAGGAAGACGCUGAUCCACUGCUAUGGAGGUCUGGGACGAUCCGCUCUGAUCGCCGCCUGUUUGCUGCUUCGGCUCUCCGUUACCAUGACGGCGGGCAAAGCCAUGGAGCUCCUCAGGGAGCUGCGAGGAAGAGGAGCCAUACAGACGGUGAAGCAGUACAACUUCCUUCACGAGUUUCGAGAGAAGGUGGCGGCGCGCGGGGAGCAUGGCGAAGCGUCCAGAGAGCGCUCGGUGUCCCGCUGAUCCAGGACGUCACCUGCAGAUCACCUGUGAUUCCUUUACAAGCCCUUCCCUCCCAGAUGCACUUUAUAUCAAAUUCUUUAAUAUAUUUUCCUUCUAAAUCCAGAAGAUCCAACCUGAAUCAAAUCUGAGACAAAAUUAAAGGUUUGAACUGAAACAUUUG